AUGGUUUCGAUAGAUCCUUUCCACAACGCAGUCACUGGCUACCCUAAACUUGCAGCAAAGAUUGCUGUCCAGCCUGAAGCCGCCAUAUACCGCAGAUUUGGAGCACUGAACGCACAGAACCUGUUAUACCUACAGGCCGAACUCGUGGACCUUGAGGAAAGACUGAAAGAACAGCAAGAUCUGGACAACAACGACAGCACAGGGAGAAAGUCUGAAUACUCCAGAAACUGGUUCUCUCUGCAAGACUCUGGAGUCGAUGGCGACACCGAGCAACUCGACCUUGUGAUGAAAAUACGCGAGGUACUCAAAGAGUAUACUGCAUUCAACGUGCUAUUGUCUGUGUGCCUCAUGGGUCUUGCUGGUGCGAAACGGGCGGAGGUGUUUGCUAUAACAGCUGCGUAA